AUGCUUGCGCCGUUCGUAGGUGAACUGGACAAGAUUGCGCCGUCUUUCCCCGUUCAUGGGUCCCAGAUUCGAAUCCUGCAGACUCCCUCUGAUUUCUACGAGACCCUGAAGCAGAAAAUUCGGCAUGCGAAGAGACGAAUAUUCCUGUCGACCCUGUACAUCGGAAAGUCCGAGAAGGAAUUAAUCACAACGCUGCAAGAAGCAUUACGAGAGAACCCGGAUCUGAAGUUGAGCAUUCUUACGGAUGCUCUGCGUGGCACGCGAGAGGCACCCGAGCCAUCAUGUGCAUCUCUCUUGGCACCGCUGGUUGCUGAGUUCGGACCUGAGCGUGUCGAGAUUCGCAUGUACCACACGCCGAACCUGACUGGCUUGCGAAAGAAAUACAUACCAAAGAGAAUCAAUGAGGGAUGGGGCUUACAACAUAUGAAGCUGUAUGGUGUUGAUGACGAGAUUAUUCUCUCUGGAGCCAAUCUCUCCACCGACUACUUCACAAACCGCCAAGAUAGAUAUCAUCUAUUCUCUUCACAAGAGAUAACAGAAUAUUUCUGGGAUCUCUACAGCGGUGUAACAUCCCUGAGCUUUCUAAUAAAGCCAUCAGAUAGCCCUUCAGGUUUUGAACAGGUAUGGCCAGCUACCAACGCUGCACCAUCUCCGCUCGACAGCCCGAAGCAAUUUGUAUCGCGUGCUACCGCUGUCCUCAAGCCUUUAGUGUCUCCGAGUCAGAAGGCACUGACAGCUGGGAGUGCCGCGAAAAAGGAGUCCCGGGACACCGAUGUAUACGUCCUUGCCCAAAUGACACAGCUACUGCAACCGGAUGUCUCUACCGAGCUGCCAGCGGUAACGCACGUUCUAAAGACUCUGGCAGCUCCACAGUACUCCAAUUCUUCGUGGACAUUCACGGCCGGAUAUUUCAAUCCUGCGCCAUCACUUACCAAGCUUCUACUCUCAACCGCAUCCCACAAUAACGUGGUCAUCACAGCCUCUCCACAAGCGAAUGGAUUUUAUGGUUCCAAAGGUGUCUCGGGGCUGCUACCAGAUGCCUACACCCUUCUUGCACAUCGUUUUCUUCGCGCCGUGCACCAAAACAAACGUGACAUGUCAACGAUUCUCAAGGAAUGGAGGAAAGGGACAGUGGGCGAGCCUGGUGGAUGGACCUACCAUGCAAAGGGCCUUUGGGUGACCCUACCCGGAGAGUCAAGCCCCUCUAUCAGCCUUGUUGGGAGUUCUAACUACACCAAACGAAGUUAUUCUCUGGAUUUGGAGGCCAAUGCCUUGAUAGUAACGCGGAAUGAAGAGCUCAAGAAGCGACUAGGCGAGGAGCAGCUCUGGCUCCAAGAUCAUGCGCAACAGGUCACACGAGAUGACUUUGCUCGAACUGACAGGAGGGUUGGCCUGAAGGUGCGCAUUGCUAUGUGGAUUGUCCAGCUUGUUGGGGGUGCAUUAUGA